AUGCUUCGUAUUUGGGAUACAUUUUUAUUGGAAGGUCCAAAAGUUUUGUUUCGUUAUACAAUUGCUUUAUUGGGUCUUUAUCAAGAGGAAAUACUUGCACAUACUGACACUAUUUCUGUUAUUAAAGUAUUAAAAGCUGGAGUUAGAUUGACUUUGGAUGUUGAUGGAUUGAUAAAAUAUGCAUUUGAAGAUUUAAAUCCAUUUCCGAGUAAAAUAUAUUUACGUCAACGUCAACACCUUUAUUUACAAGUUUUACAUGAACGUUUAAGUAAAAGACAACAAUUAAGACAAUUAUAUAAUGAUGGAUAUAAUAAUCGAAAUUCUAGUAGUUGUAAUAAUAUUUUAUUUAAUAAUGCAAUAAUUGCUUCUUCUUCUGAUCAAUUGGCUGAUUUGCCUAUUGAAGUAAUUGUAUUUAGUCCAUUUGUUGAAGGAUGUGCUUAUGUUUGUUCUGGUAAUCAAAAACGAGGCAAACUUUCAGUUGUUCAAUUAUGUGAAAAAAACGUUCAUUUAAAUGCUUUGGAUUUGGAAUUUGAUUGCCGACCAAUUUCAAUGGCUAUAUUUGCACCUGAAAUGGCUUUUGUUUCCCUUCUUUCUGGUUAUAUUGUAGCUCUACAUUUAAUUAAUUAUAAUCAAUCUAAUGAAGAAAAUUUUGAAAAGAAUGAAGCAGAAAUUCUUUGGGAACUUAAAUUAAACGAUGUUGCCCUCAAACUUGUUCACGACUCCCACCGUUUAUAUGCUUGUUUGGCAAAUGGAACUUUAACUGUUUUGGAAAAUGCUUUUGAAAGAAUGCCCUCAGCAUUAGAUUUAUAUCAUAUUCCUGUAGCGGCUGCACCAAUAACGGAUGCUUUAUUGGAUGGAGAAUUUCUUUAUUUGGCAAUUGCUAAUAAAAUUGUUAUUUUAAAUAGAUAUACAUUAUCAACAAUUACUUCUGUAUAUGUCGCUUCAGCGGCUGCCGGAAGCCAAGUCCCUAUGUUUGAAAAGAUCCGUGCCUUAGCAAUGUCCCCACACGGAAUUUGGUUAGUAACUGCACAUUCUUCUUUAUUACAACUUUGGCAGAAUGGGCAAUGUGAAAUACUUUUUGAUAUUAGAUAUGACCAUAGUAAUAGAACACCCUCUUUUGAUGAACAUGAUGAAUUAUUAGAUCAAGUAGAAGUUUGUUCUAUUCUUUUCCAUUCUGAUGAACUUUGGGUUGGAACUAUAGAUGGUUAUUUAAUGCUUUAUAAAGUUAAUUUAAAUGAAAAUAAUGAAGGAACAAAAUUGUCAACAACACGAUUUCGUUCAUCUAUUAGAAGAUAUCAACCAGGUAAACGUUUAUCGGCAGUCCAUGGUUUAGCUCAACAAUUGCCAUUUAAUGGCCGUCAACAAACUUAUUAUAUUCCAACAGAAAAUGAAAAACGUGUAGAAGAAAGGAAUAGUUCAGUGGAAUUUAAUGUUUUAACUUUAAAAGAAAAUAUUGAAUUAACAUCACCCCCACCAAUUACUGAACCUUGUAAACUUGUAAAGGGAGAUAGUUCUUCAAAUUGUUCAGUAACACAUCAAAAAGUGACAAAAAAAUUUUCUUUCCCCGUAAAAAAGCCUUUAUGUGGACAACAAAGUGUUGAUUCAGCACUUACUUCAAUUUUAACAAAGAAAGAUUCCCCUUCAAUUUUUACACCAACUCGUCGCCGCAGUAAACUUUUUGAGCCUUUACAACAAAAACAACAAAAAUUUCUGUUUGACGACAUUCCAUCUUCAAACGAAGCUGCAAACUCUUCAAAUGAAGAAGUAGAAGAAGAAGAACAAGAUGAAUUAGUUGAAGAGGAAUCUUUAAAAGAAGAAGAAAAGGAUGAAGAAGAAUAUAAACGUAAACAACAAUUUGCUAGAUUAAUUCAAAUAAACAAUACUUGGCGUAAAAUGUCUGCAAGUUUUUGUGCUAGUACUGCCCUUCCAAAACAAUCCUCUUCCUCAAUUGAUAAAAGACGAUAUUCUUGUACUUCUUCAACAUCUACAAACACAAAUGGAGUUAAUAUACAAGAAAGAGCUUUGCGUAUACGAAGAAAGGAUUUGGACUUUGAAGAGCCCCCAACAGUUUUGUUGGCUGUUAAAGAAGGAGAACAAUUACCAACAACAUUAAAUCGACAAAAUUCUUUAUCUAAAUUUAUCCAAAAUACUAAUAUUACCCAAAAGAUAGGUUCACCUCCAGGUUCAACAGCAACAACAACAAUGCUUGAUACUACAGAAAUAAAAAGUUCCCUUUUAAUGACUUUACAAAUGAAAUUAAAAGUAGCUGAUAAACCAAUUCGUUGUAUUGCUUUGGGUUCGGAUAAUAAUGGGAGAGAUGUUGUGUUGACUGGAGCUGGAGAGUAUGGGGAUGAAGAAGCACUUUUACGUUGGAGACGUGAUCCUAAUAAUGCUCUUUGGAUUAAUGAUCCACUUGUGGAUAUUGGCGCACAGGGCCGAAGACGAAAUGGAAUUCCUUCUCCAACAUCAAAUAAUUAAGAAUUACUAAUUUAUAUUUAAAUAUAUUCCCGAUAUAUUGUGAUAUUUCGAAGUUUAUAUGUAUUUGGACUGGACUAAAUAAAUUUUUAAAAUGAUGAAACGUAAGGCAGGAAAUUAGGUAGAAAAAAAUACUGAACUCAUUUGAAG